CGUUAGGUUUGCCAAACCAACAAGCCUACGGGCCUUAUAGAAGAAAUUCCCAAAAAGCCCCUCUUCUUCUUCUCUCCCUUCAUCCCCUUUUCUUCCUUCUCAGAAAUGGCUACAAGCUCGGAGUCUAGAAGAUCUAGCGGACCAGUCCUCCGUUCUCUCUCACCUUGUGGAAGAUUUCCAACUCUUCAUACGAAUUCUUAUUUAACAUCGUCUUCAUCAUCCUCUGCCUUUGCUUCUUCAACUAGCUCCAGUUUCUAUUCCCCACCUACUGCAUUUUUUAAUGCUACCCACCAUAGAUCAGCCUCCCCAACCCGCGUUAAUCUCUACACGACGUCGUCUCCCCAGUCUCAUUCCUUUCGUUUUUCUAUUGGCAGAUCUAGUUCUCCUAACAGGUCGAUAACGGUUACCAAGCAGAAUAAUCCGAUCUCUCUUCCGAAGAAGACUUGUAUGUGUUCUCCAACUACGCAUCGGGGAUCGUUUCGGUGCAGUCUGCACAAGAAUACUGGUCACAGUCAUGGAAGCGGCUCUGCACAUUAUACGCCCAACGGGCUGAAUAUGAGGCGAUCGGCGAUGACUAAUUCGCUCGUUAGGAUCGGUGGCGUUGAGGGUGAGUGGGUGAAGAGAGCGUUGACAGCGUUGAUUCGCCCGUCUUCACAUCAGCAAAGGCGUCGUGCAGAUUUCCGGCCCAGGCCAAGUCGGCUGUCGGUUAUGUUGAGAGCUGAUGAUAUCUGAUUAUGGUUGGAGCCACAGCGUAAUGGGUAUGGGAGAGCCGUUAUAUGUGACGUUAACAGACCCGCUAGGGUUGGGCCGAUUAGUUCACCGUUACCGUUAUUCGUCAUCCGUGGCUCGUGCCGUCACCGAGCGUGCUAGGUAUAUUCUUUUCAUUGCGUUUAUUUUUUUUAUUUUUAAGAAUUUAUGAUUUUUCUGUUCUUUGUUUCAGGUCUGACGCCUUGGCCCCGUUGGACAGUGGAAAUUGGGGAAAAAAAAAUACAUAAUUUAAAUUGAUGAGAAAAUAGAAUGGAAAGGCUGGACAGUGGAAAUAGAAAAAAUCAUUUAAAUAAUCGAAAAUUUUAAAAUAAAUAAAGGCAAGGGGAU